AUGGCAAAACUCGUCGCUGCACUAUCACUCUUUUCCAUUGCCCAUGGACUCAAUCAAACUUCAGAGCAAUCUGUGCCUGUAGAGGGCGGUUGCUCUGUGCUUCCCACCUACCAUCCAAGCAACCGCACAGCUGGUCCAUUCCGACUCAGGGCCGCAGAUUGUGACCUUGCAGAUGCAUCGCGGGGCUCCUGCAGCUUCCUGCGCUCUCCGAGCAGCAUCAAUGUCUACACCACGGGCGAGCCCGAAGAUGGUGGUGUUCAGGAAAUCAAGUCCGGCGAAGUCACAUUCGUAGACAAUUACGGAAAGGGAUUUUAUCCCGGCUGGAUUCGUUGUGUUGACCCAGCCGCUGAUGCGCCUCAGGGUGCUCUCCCGACCUUCCAGAUCAAGGUACCCACCACGAUCGGCGUCGACCCGAUGCCUGAGGAAUGGAAGACCAUCCGAGUAGUCAACAACGAGAACUCGGCGCGUAUGGUAUGGGGUGCAUCCGACGAUACCCCGACUCUGCCACUCCAGAUGUAUCAUGACUAUAGUUGGGGCAACAAAAUUGCAGGCAUCAAUGUCGGUGCCCACAACUUCACCCGCUGGGCUGUCGAGAGGUCUGGACAUGCGGCUAGCCUCCCGGCUCACAAGGAGUAUGCCUCUGUUCGCCUUCUGCAAAAGGAUUCUGAGGUCUACCGCAAGGAUGACGAGUUUACAACCCUACUCCGUAUCGAAGGAACCGAGUAA